GUGUUUUAUUUGGUGCUGCUGGUGUGUCACAACCUGAACAGUGGUCAGGUCAAGAGUGUGAACCAGCACUCAAGCAACUUCAACAGUCUAUACAGAAUAUUACCCAGCUGUCUGAACAGGAGGUUAUACCAAGCAGCACAAGUGAGAUGUUUGCAUGGUUACCUCGUGAACAACUCUGCGUUUUGGUGUACCUCGUCUCCGUGAUGCACUCAAUGCAGGCAGGGUAUAUGGAGAAGGCACAAAAGUACACUGACAAAGCGCUGUUACAGAUCGACAAACUAAAGGCUGAAGAAAACACAUCCAUUCUGAGGUCUUUGCAAUUGCUUCUUCUUGAGCACAGUGUUAUGUGCCACCUGAUAAUCGGCUCGAAGGCCCAAGCCAUUAAAGAAAUCGCAAAGGUGUGCCAACUCCUGCAAGAGGAUGCCAAGCAGCUACAAGAAUAUUAUAAUUUGGCCAAUAUUCAGAGGCUGAAAUUGCACCAGAUUGCUUUGCCUUGUGAUUAA